AUGGACUCCAAGCAGCCGACAGACAAAUUGACGCCCUAUCGAUCUGACCAACCAGAGGUUGAAGAAGGCACUGUCACUGUCAACACGUCCGGCCACACACAAGAACUAGAACGUAACUUCAGCAUAGUCAGCUGCUGUGCUGUAGGAAUCGUGACCGGCAACACAUGGUGCGCCCUAGGCGGAUCUAUCGUAGUUGCAUUGUAUAACGGAGGACCAACUGGUGUGCUCUUCGAAUUCCUCGCGGUCAGCGUUUUCUACUGGAUGGUGGCCGCUUGCAUAGCAGAGCUAGCGUCCAGCAUGCCCUCUUCGGCUGGUGUGUACCACUGGGCCACUGCCACUUCAGGACCGAGAUACUCGAAGUUCCUAGGCUUCUUAGCGGGAUGGUGGAAUGUCCUGGCAUGGAUCUUUGGAUCCGCCUCGAUGUCAUCGAUCCUAGCAAAUGAGGUCCUGGCCAUGUGGGGGCUCUUCCACCCAGAAUACGUCGCUCAACGUUGGCAUGUGUUCAUUUGCUACAUCAUCAUCUCUUGGUCGUGCUGCGGUGUCGUGCUGUUUGCAAACAGAGCUUUGCCAAUGAUCAACAAUAUUGGCUUGUUCCUCUGCCUCGGCGGCUGCUUUCUUACAAUUCUGGUUUGUGCCAUCAUGCCCACCACGACCGGCACAGGUCAUGCUACUACGGCAGCUGUUUGGUCAACCUGGUCGAACGAUACUGGCUACAAGUCCAACGGUCUCGUCUUCAUCACAGGAAUGCUCAAUGGUGCUUUCUCAGUGGGUACUCCAGACUGCGUGUCACAUCUCGCAGAAGAGAUUCCACGCGCAUCCCGCAAUGUACCAAAGGCCAUUGCCGCGCAGAUGGGUGUCGGCUUCAUCACUGGCUUUGCAUACCUCGUGGCCAUCUUCUAUAGCAUCAACGACAUUGAUGCCCUGAUGAACAACCCUUACACCAAUCCUUUGGCUGAGCUUUAUAGACAAGCCACUGGGUCGAGGGCUGGCGCUUGUGGCUUGCUGAUCGUAGUGUUCCUUCCUACGGUAGCGAAUGCGAUCGGCACGUAUAUCACCUGCGGUCGCAUGCUCUGGACCCUCUCUCGUGACCGUGCCACCCCCUUCUCAGACACACUUGGAAAAAUCUCUCCUCGGUGGGAGAAUCCUUUCGCAGCUACUGUUGCCUGCCUCAUCAUCACUACUGUGCUGGGUUGCAUCUAUCUCGGCAGUGCAGUUGCCUUCAACGCCUUCGUCGGAUCAUUCAUUAUCCUCUCGUCAGCUUCGUACUUGGCCGCUAUUCUCCCUCAUCUGCUGAGCAGACGUAAGAAUAUCGAAUUUGGACCAUUCAAAAUGCCGGAUAAGGUUGCCGCGAUUCUUAUGCCAAUUGCAUGUGCCUAUAUCGCGUGCUUCAUUGUCAUCUUUUGCUUCCCUUACUCAAUGCCUGUAUCUGCCGAAACGAUGAACUACUCGUCUGCCAUCACAGGUGGACUUACAUUGAUCAUCACUCUGUUCUACCCAUGGCAAUGUAAGAAUGGGUUCAGAAGCCCCGUCGAGGUUGUGAGGGCUAACUCUAUGGCGAACGUUGUUAAGGAUGAUCAGGAGUGA